ACCCUCCUGGCAGAAAUACUGUUACUUUCUGCCCCGCUGCUGCGUGGCCCUUACCGACAUGCAGGGAUUACUGACUGCGUGCUCAACGCUCCUCUUCUGCGGGUGGAAAAGAGAGCAGCUGCCUGCAGAGGACUGCCCCCAGAGCAGCGCGUGAAGCCCGUUUCCUCCUUUUGUGAUUUUCUUGGGGGUGGCUGGAUACUUGGCAGCCGGCCUGGGACACUUCUUGGAGGCUGCAGCCUGCCCUCUUUAUCACUUUCCCUGGAACCCUUGGACCUCUUGAGUCAUCUCUCAGGUAUCUCUCAGCUAGGCAGCAGAGAAGGCUGGAGGGACUCCCCGGUGUGGGUUGCUGCUGUCCUCAGAACAAUUCAGGUCAUCGUAAGAAAGUGGACAGCCAGGAUUUUUGCCUUGUGGCUGCCUGACCGCUGCUGAGCUGCGUCUCCCAGCCCAUGUGGCUCUCCCCAUGCUCCAGGAGUGCAACUGGUGCCCAACGCAAUGUGUGUUUGUCAAACCAUGGAAGUGGGCAAGCAUGGCAAGAAUGCCACUCGAUCUGGAGACCGGGGGGUCCUGCUGGAGCCUUUCAUUCACCAGGUGGGCGGCCACAGCAGCAUGAUGCGCUACGAUGACCACACUGUCUGCAAGCCACUCAUUACCAGAGAACAGCGCUUCUAUGAAUCCCUGCCCCCGGAAAUGAAGGAGUUCACACCUGAGUACAAAGGUGUAGUGUCUGUCUGUUUUGAGGGAGACAGCGACGGCUACAUCAAUCUGGUAGCGUAUCCUUACGUGGAGAACGAGGCUUUGGAGCAGGAUGACAUGCCAGAGAGGGACCAGCCACGACGCAAGCACUCGCGUCGAAGUCUUCACAGAUCAAGCAGCGGCACUGAGCACAAGGAGGAAAAACCUGGCCUGGCCAGUGACAGCACUGAAAGCAACAUCCAGGAGACAAAGAGUCCCAGGGUGGACAUGCACAUCCACUCAGAUGUUCCAUUUCAGAUGUUGGAUGGGAACAGUGGUCUGAGCUCUGAAAAAAUCAGCUAUAAUCCCUGGAGCCUGCGCUGUCAUAAGCAGCAGCUGAGCCGCAUGCGGUCAGAGUCCAAGGACCGAAAACUCUACAAGUUCCUCUUGCUGGAGAACGUGGUGCAUCACUUCAAGUUUCCCUGUGUGCUUGAUCUGAAGAUGGGGACCAGACAGCAUGGAGAUGAUGCCUCUGAGGAGAAGGCUGCUCGGCAGAUGAAGAAGUGUGAGCAGAGCACUUCUGCCACCUUGGGUGUGCGAGUGUGUGGCAUGCAGGUCUAUCAGCUGAACACAGGGCAUUACUUAUGCAGGAAUAAAUACUAUGGACGUGGUCUUUCCAUCGAGGGCUUCCGCAAUGCCAUCUACCACUAUCUCCACAACGGCGUAGAGCUGCGCAAGGACCUCUUUGAGCCUGUCCUCACCAAACUCCGAAGCUUGAAAGCGGUUUUGGAGAGACAGGCCUCCUACCGCUUCUACUCCAGCUCCCUUCUCAUCAUUUACGAUGGGAAGGACAACAGGUCAGGGACAUUUGUGGAUAUCCAGCCAGAGACGCGCCUGAAGCGAACGGACAGCUCCCUCCCAGAGAACCUUCAGGAGGGCGGCAGCACAGAGCCCGACUCUUCGACCCAGCCCAAGGUGGACGUGCGUAUGAUUGACUUUGCACAUAGCACCUUCAAAGGCUUCCGUGAUGACCCCACUGUGCAUGAUGGACCUGACAUGGGUUAUGUAUUCGGGCUGGAGAGCCUCAUCAACAUCAUGGAACAGAUGCGUGAAGAAAACCAGUAGCCCUGGGCCACAGCCUCUUGUCCUGGUGACUGGAGCCGACAGGACCACCUCCUAGCACAGGAAAAAACAGACACCUCCCUUUUAAAAACAA